AUGGAUGGUCUUCCUGAACAUCUCAUAGCGGGUGUACCUAACGGCCCAGAGAGUAAUUAUGAAAGUUCUCUAUGGGUGACAUACCAGCCGCUAGAUAGCCAUAUUCCGUUACCACAUUUCACCACCCAUCAUUACUUCCCCGCGACUUCAUGGCCCAUGGCUCCCUCGGGCUUGUUAGACCCCCAGUUAAUGCCCAGUCAAUCUUUGCAUACGACUCCGUCUGCGCCGACACCUCGCAAGAUUUUGACGGAUGAGGUUCGUCGUCAGAUUUGCUUGUACCAGGAAGAGAACAAGUCGGCGAAACAGGUGGAGAUUGCAGAUUUAUUCGGGGUGGAAAGGAGCACCGUGUCCAAGAUACUCCGGCAAAAGGAAAAGUAUCUAAGCAUGCCUGAUGGAACUCAAUCACCCAUCAAGCGAGGCAAACACAAAGAGUCUAAAAUCGAGAAAGCCCUCGCUAACUGGGUUCAGAAGAGUAAGCGCCAGGGACGUGUAUUGACUCGCAAUGAUAUCGAGGAGAAAGCAAAAUUGUUUGCUAAGAACUGCGCUACCCAAGAUCAAAAACUCAAGAUCCUCACUGAAGGCUGGUUGGAUAAGUUCUUCAAUGAAAACCCAAUUAUAUGUAGUUCUCUAGAGAACUCCGCCGAUACAGUUGUCAGUGAUGGAGAAAGUACGCCUCCUAUUCUACCUACUGGGCCUCCCCUAUGUCUUUCGCCCUCUCUGAGACAAGGAAUGAAGAAUGAAAUUGGCGACAGCGCCUUCAAUAUUUCUGGGGAUUUCGCCAAACAUGAUCAUUCAAGUACACUAGAUCCAAUCCCAUCGCCGUCCGCCGGCAGGACUAGUGCGGCAUCACCUCUGGUUUCGGAAAGUCCAUAUGUUCCAACUGCGCAUUCGCGUCAUUCUUUAAUCAGCUCUGCUACCGGUGGGCUCCUAAACCAGACGUUCGGAGGCGAAAUAUACAGUAGCACCUAUUCAAAGCAUUCCACGAAUGGACCAUUCUCCGAUACAGUGCUUAACUCACCCUUGGACGAGAAAUUGGAAGAGGGAAACCUGACUGAUACCUGCGAUGUCAGCAGCAAGGGUUCAGUGAGAUAUCAUGAAAGCAAUGCAGACCUAAGCUCGAUCGGAAAUACGAUGCAGCCACCACACUUGCCCCCUAUUACAAAGGACGAAGCGCGACAUGCUCUUGAUUUAGUCAUAAAUUAUGUCAAGAGCGAACCUGGGUCAGAGCUACCGGAUCAGGUCUCUAUUACACUAGACGAAUUGAAGGAGAGACUUAACGUGGUGCGCAACGAUUGGUCAAGCUCCGGAAGCCACGUCGAUAAGGAUAAGGAUACAGAUAGUCUUCGACUGACUGAAAGGAGGAAGUUUCACUCCUUGACUUAG